AGAGUCAAUGCAAUUGAUGUUCCCUGUAACUCCUCGGAUAGCUGUUGUGUAUUCACACGGACCCAUCCCUGGGCACGGGGUUAGCCUCUGAAAACUCCGUCCCAUAGGGCUAAUUUGCAAGAAUUGCUCGCCCGUUGAAAGAAUAUUAUCCCUGGGCUGAACAAAGAGGAGGUAGUAGAGUAGGUAUGAAUGCAUGCAUGCGUGCGUGCCUCUGAAAUUCAUUCCAGGGGUCAUUUGAAUGGGUUUUCAGCUCUCUCCGAGAUGGUUGAAGAUGGCUUUGGCUAACGCGGAUCUAUGGCCUGGCCUCUUAAGAAUGGCAUGGUUUUGCAGUUUUUAGACUUUGCCCUUAUGCAAAGUCACCCCAUAUUUAGGUGGCGACGUAUGUAAUUCGGCUUAUUCAAAACCUGGUGAGACAGUCCUGCUACCUUUGGGAAAAUUUCUGUUAAGUGGAACAAUGGAAUAUUGUUCAAAAAUUCUUCCCUUAAUGGCCCCAAGUAGCCAUGAACUUGUUUUCAGUGGCUCUAUACUAGUUCAGGUACUUAAAUGUAAAUGGAUCGACCUAACAAAAAAAUCAGGUAAUGUUUUUACAUUGUUGUUUUAAAUGUAGUAAUAGUAAAGGGAUUUUUGAAGUUCAGUGUAUCAGACAAAUCUACUUGAGACUCACCCAUUUGCAAUUUUCCCUUAAAUGCACUUCAAAGGUGUAGUGGUAUUUAUAGGCAUCAUACCCCCCACUCAAGCUUAUUAUAUUCAUGAUAGGAUUUGUCUGUGGUGGCCACCUAUUUGUAAUGGGGAGGAAAGAAAAAUCUUAUACCACUUCUGUUGUGAUCUCUUAUCCACUUCUGCAAUCUGCUAUACAUUAGAGACAUUCUUCUUAUCCUCUUACAGUAUUUUAGAAAUCACUGCAGAGAAAUGGUCACAAUGUAGAGAUUCUGUGGAAAAUGAAAGGGUUAGUUAUCCCCAAUGAGCAUAGUCAUACUUUGUUUUCUCAUGAAACUGAGAAUUAGAGAAUAAAUUUAUAUGUUUUAAAUGUAGAGGAACUGUAGACUUAAUUGUGGCAGUUUAAUAUUUGCUCUGAUUUUAUUUGUGUUGAUAAAACCAGGAGAAAUAGAUGAGAUUUCUUAAUCCCAUUUAUACUACUGACAUAUUAGUUUAAAUAUUAAUACCAGUACAUACAUUCCUCCAAAUAUUGAUAAAAUGUAACCAAAGUGUAACUAUUCUUGUUUAUAGUUCAGUCCUCUGCAUGUAUAAAUUCUAUGGUUAAUGUUGCUUAUAGACACAAAACUAUACAUUAACCACAAAACAGGAAAUGUCCUUUUGAAUUUAGAAUAUUUUGCUGAGGGGUCUUUGUUUUUUUCUGAGCUUGGUUGAUUUCUUGCAGAGGUCUCAUUAUCCAAACUAGUAACAUCAUCAGUGCUUGCCCUUUCUGUGUUGGUGGGAGUGGUCUUGGAGGGUCUUUGAUUGAGCCCUUUAGGGAGGUAUUUUGGUCUUUUUUCCUUGUGAUUGGUUAAGAUUUAUUGUCAUAGUUUCAACAGGGAAACUGACCAUCCUAGAGCAAGCCAAGUCCAAAAAUGCUAAAGAAUUCUUAGAAGCCUGGCACACUAACAAAUUGGCCAUCAAUAUAUGUAAACAACAUCUACAUGUGUGCAAAAGAGACAGUCAACAAGCCAAAAAGGGAACAAAAAAUCCAAACACCUCCUCACCAUCAAUCAUCACUCUGAUGAGCAUAGAUUAACACCAAGAUUACCAUCAGACCAACAAUCAAGAAGUAAAUGCCCCAAUCAAGGAACUGCCAAACAAGAUAACAGUAAAAAUUCCAACUAAAGAACCUCCAAGACCAUUCCUACCAACAGGGCAUGCCACUAAACUGAGAGCAAACUCUAGUUCUUACUAUUACUGAUGUUUAGUUUGAGUAAUGAAACUUCUGCAAGAAAACAAGCUUAGAGGACACCAAGGACCCCUCAUUUCAAGCCUAAGCUACAAAUAUUCUCCUUUAUUGGAACAUUUGCUAUAUUCCAAUAGCAAAUUGGAAUUUGCUAUAUUCCAAUAGCAUUUUUUUUUAAAUUUGAUUUAUAUGCCGCCCUUCUCCGGAGACUCAGGGCGGCUUACAAUGCGCUAAGCAAUAGCCUUCAUCCUUUUGUAUAUUUAUACAAAGUCAGCUUAUUGCCCCCACAACUGGGUCCUCAAUUUACCUACCUUAGAAAGGAUGGAAGGCUGAGUCAACCUUGAGCCUGGCGAGAUUCGAACCUGCAGUAAUUCCAGGCAGCUGGUCUUAAUAACAGGGUGCUUUAGACCACUGUACUACCAAGGCUUUUAUUGGAAUGCUGUCACACCUUGUUCACUUUUGACAGGUAGAAUAUUUAGAUCUUAUCUAUUUUGGUUACAAUUUUUGCAGGUAAAAAUUCUUAUGGAAAGAGAAUUUCUUAAGUAUUGAUUUAUGUUUUAAGCUAGAUAACUUUAGAUUAUUGAAGUUAUGUGUCCAAUUGAAUAAGCAUUAAAUUUUAUUUUUCAUUUUCACUACUGCACUGUUAAAUCAUAAUUCUUAAAAUAAAUGACUCCUCCUAGUAGUGGGAAUGACCAUUAGUGUAACUUGGCUUCUCUAGUGGGAUGACUAAACAAAGUACAGGAUUUGUGGUUUAUUUAGUGUGUACAAAUAGAAAAGUCUUGUGCUACUUUUGUAACAAAUUAGAAUUUGAUAACCAUGUUCUUGAUUUUUUUAUAACUUGUUCUUGGUGGGAGAAAGUGACAAGGAUCCUCUUUUCCAUUUGUGCUAAAUAUACAAUGAAAGGAGAUUUCAUGGAUUCUUUAUCACCUGCUAAAAGGAGUACCACAAAGAGACUGACUGAACUAGUCAUGGUCUGGAAUCUUUAUUUUAUAUACUUGAUGUUUUAUCAAAUAUGUCAAUACAGACUGCAAACUAGUUUUUGGUAUGCUUUAAAGAAAGCUACUUCCUUAAGGUAGAUGUUGUGAAGCUUGAUUUCUGGAUUUAAUUUCUGGAAGUAGUCCUCAUUUGAUUGGACACCCGAUUGCUGCAAUGGAUCAAAACAACAGUUUGCCACCCUAUGCUCAGGGUUUAGCAUCCCCACAGAGUGCAAUGACUCCAGGCAUCCCUAUUUUUAGUCCUAUGAUGCCCUAUGGCACUGGGCUCACACCUCAACCUGCUCAGAGUACCAACAGUUUAUCUAUUCUGGAAGAACAACAGAGGCAGCAGCAGCAACAAGCAGCAGCACAGCAGUCCACUUCACAACCAACACAAGCAGCAUCUGGUCAAACCCCACAGCUCUUCCACUCACAGACUCUUACAACGGCUCCUUUACCAGGAACCACACCUCUCUACACCUCUCCCAUGACUCCCAUGACCCCCAUAACGCCUGCCACCCCUGCUUCCGAAAGCUCUGGGAUUGUACCGCAGCUGCAGAAUAUUGUGUCUACAGUAAAUCUUGGUUGCAAACUUGACCUCAAAACCAUUGCCCUUCGUGCUCGAAAUGCUGAAUACAAUCCCAAGCGUUUUGCUGCUGUAAUUAUGAGAAUUAGAGAGCCACGUACCACAGCUCUCAUAUUCAGCUCUGGAAAAAUGGUGUGCACAGGAGCUAAAAGUGAAGAGCAGUCUAGGCUGGCUGCAAGAAAGUACGCUAGAGUUGUACAGAAGUUGGGCUUUCCUGCAAAAUUCUUGGAUUUUAAAAUUCAAAAUAUGGUUGGCAGUUGUGAUGUAAAAUUCCCUAUCAGACUUGAGGGAUUGGUUCUUACGCAUCAACAGUUUAGCAGUUACGAACCAGAAUUGUUUCCUGGUUUAAUCUACAGAAUGAUCAAACCAAGAAUUGUACUGCUCAUAUUUGUUUCUGGAAAGGUAGUUUUAACAGGUGCAAAAGUCAGAGGUGAAAUUUAUGAAGCAUUUGAAAAUAUUUAUCCUAUUUUAAAAGGAUUCAGAAAAACGACGUAACAGUUCCAUGUGCUUAUUCAUGAACCCGGAGCACAUUUUUAAAGGUAUUGAUUAUGGCACAGCAGUAACACACACAUCAGGACUUGGAAUAUUUUCCCAGAUAGUGCCUCUUUCCCUGUUUUUCAUGGGAAGGGAACAUAUCAUUGUGUGUUUCGUCUGCACUAAGUUACUGUGCAUUGCUUCACCGUGUUCUCACACAAGAAAAACUGAGCUUAUUUAUAUUUAUGGCUCUUAAAAUGGCUAAUUUUUAAAAUCUGAGAGUCUUAUGCUGACAAGCUGGCUAAACUGUAUUAUCCAACAUUUAAAACUCUGGGGUUACUUACAGUAUUCUUUCAACCGUGGAUUUUAUAAUCAGAAACGUUAAUUUUAUGCUUUUAGACCUACUUCCACAUUCCCUACAUUUCCAGUGUUCAGCAGGACAGAAACUUUGCUAGUGAAGACAGAUGGCUGUAUAUAUUUCUCAUUUUGUGAAGCAAUUCUAAAUGUAUAAUUACUUGACUAAAUAAUUUGAAUAGUAAAAUUUGUGGUCAAACUUUGCUUUUGCUGUUUUAAUGUGCUAACUGCAUGCAUAUAGCUAAAAUAACUUGAUUUUUAUAAGAUUUUUAUUAACAAUCCAGUAUUAAAAUAAUGUUUUGCCAUUUCAGUUA